AUGACUAGAUCAGUCCUAUCAACUGGUAUAUCUGUAGGAUCUAAUCGUGGUUAUAUAGUAACCAAGAGAGCACAGAAACCUAGGCCAAGCUCCAGAAAAGGUAAAUUAUGUGCUAGAAAUGUAUUGGUACGACAAGUAAUUCGUGAAGUAGCUGGAUUUGCUCCUUAUGAAAAGCGUAUGAUGGAGUUAUUGAAGGUAGGAUCAGCUUCUACAGCAAAAAGAGCAAUGAAAUUUGCUAGAUCGCGUCUAGGUACAGAAAAAAGAGCCAAGAAGAAGAGAGAUGAAUUGGUUGAAAUUAUACAACAGCAAAGAAAGAGGACUGCUGCAUAA